AGAGCGAGACUUUGUCUCGAACAAACAAAAAAACCUAUACAAUGAAAAGAGAAAAAAUGAAACGUUGUGGCUUCUCAACAGAAAACAGAACUUCCACUUGCCCAAGGUCAGCAAAAACGGCAAACUAAAACAAAACAACGCUCCAACAUCCAUACCAAAAUCAGAAGUAUUAUUAGAAACUAAAUCAGGCCACACCGAACGAUGGCUAAUCACUGCAGAAAACCAGCCAGUGAAAGGGUCUCAGGAGAAGCCCGGGGCCACCCUGGGACUGGCGGGUUUCUCGCCUCUGGAAAAGGCAGUGCCAGCGGGGCAGGCCCGAGGGAGCGCUCCGAGGAGCUUUGGGGUUGCCAGCCUUGACACGCACACCCCUCCACCCGGGCCGACUCCCCUCCGCCCUCAGCCUCCCUCCAUCUCCUGCUAUUCCAGAUAUCUGGUGCAUGUGGUGCCGAGACCUCGGGGGAAGUUAGGACACGCGGCGGGAGAGGCAGGCCCAGGGCGGCCCCCAGCUAAGCAGCCCGGCCUUCCGGAUCCCAGCCGCACACAAGCUUCCGGCCGCCUGGGAUGGGACCCGAACCCUCCUUCCCGCCCCGCUCAAAGGGGUCAUCUUUGGAGGUGCCCCUGGAAGGACCGGCGGGUUCCCCGCGGGGCGGGGGCACGCAGGGCGGGUGUUUGUAGGCUGGGGACUCGCAGGAGAGGCCGGUGGGUGCUGGGCCCCCCGCAGGGGGUUGCAGGCCGAGGGGCGCGCCAUGAACCCAGCGAGAAUCCCUGCGCUUCCCGGCGCCGUCGGGCUGAAAUCGGGGUUCCCAGCGUUGGCGGCCUCGGGCUGGGACCUCCCCCCUCCCGGUUCUCCGCAGGGCGCGCACGUGGCGCUCGGGGGUCGCCGGUGCAGCCGCUUUCCCGAGGAGGCCCCGAUUGAAAACUUGUUUUUUAAAACUUUUUAAAAAAUUUGGUCGCCCGGGGCGUAGCCUUAGGGACCUGGUGCCACUCGUGCCUGGGGGGCGGAACCGUGGGGUCCCGACGCCCCCACCCCCGGGUCGGGAGGAGCCUGCGCCGGACCGGGACCCCCAGGGCACACGAGGCCGGGGACCCCUGGGGUCGCGCGCGCGCGAGGGGGCGGGGGGGACGCGAGCCCUCGGCCUGCGCUCGGCCCGGGGAGUUUAUUUAAAACUCGGAAGCCGGCGGCCGCGAGCCGGUUGUUUAUGUAAACCCGGAAACGCCCGGGGGGCGGGGGCGGGGCGGGACGGGGGAGGGGCGGGGGUCACGUUACGCGGAGGACGCGCGGGCAGCGCCGGGAGAACCGAACCCCGGGCCGCCGCGACCCCGGCCCCGACCCCGACCCCCGCCCCGGCCCCGGCCCGACCCGCCAUGACGGGGCUGGAGGACCAGGAGUUCGACUUCGAGUUUCUCUUCGAGUUUAACCAGCGCGACGAGGGCGCCGCCGCGGCCGCCCCAGAACACUAUGGCUAUACGUCCUCCAAUGUCAGCCCUGCCUUGCCGCUCCCCACAGCACACUCCACCCUGCCGGCCCCAUGCCACAACCUUCAGACCUCCACACCGGGCAUCGUCCCGCCGGCGGAUCACCCCUCGGGGUACGGAGCAGCUUUGGACAGUGGGCCCACGGGCUACUUCCUCUCCUCUGGCCACGCCAGGCCAGAUGGGGCCCCUGCCCUGGAGAGUCCUCGCAUCGAGAUAACCUCAUGCUUGGGUCUGUACCACAACAACAACCAGUUUUUCCACGAUGUGGAGGUAGAAGACGUCCUCCCCAGCUCCAAACGGUCCCCCUCCACGGCCACGCUGAGUCUGCCCAGCCUGGAGGCCUACAGAGACCCCUCGUGCCUGAGCCCGGCCAGCAGCCUGUCCUCCCGCAGCUGCAACUCAGAGGCCUCCUCCUACGAGUCCAACUACUCGUACCCGUACGCGUCCCCCCAGACGUCGCCGUGGCAGUCUCCCUGCGUGUCUCCCAAGACCACGGACCCUGAGGAGGGCUUUCCCCGCGGGCUGGGGGCCUGCACGCUGCUGGGUUCCCCGCGGCACUCCCCCUCCACCUCGCCCCGCGCCAGCGUCACUGAGGAGAGCUGGCUGGGUGCCCGCUCCUCCAGGCCCGCGUCCCCGUGCAACAAGAGGAAGUACAGCCUCAACGGCCGGCAGCCGCCCUACUCACCCCACCACUCGCCCACGCCGUCCCCGCACGGCUCCCCGCGGGUCAGCGUGACCGACGACUCGUGGUUGGGCAACACCACCCAGUACACCAGCUCGGCCAUCGUGGCCGCCAUCAACGCGCUGACCACUGACAGCAGCCUGGACCUGGGUGACGGCGUCCCUGUCAAGUCCCGCAAGACCACCCUGGAGCAGCCGCCCUCGGUGGCGCUCAAGGUGGAGCCCGUCGGGGAGGACCUGGGCAGCCCCCCGCCCCCGGCCGACUUCGCGCCUGAAGACUUCUCUUUCCAGCACAUCAGGAAGGGCGGCUUCUGCGACCAGUACCUGGCGGUGCCGCAGCACCCAUACCAGUGGGCGAAGCCCAAGCCCCUGUCCCCUGCGUCCUACAUGAGCCCAACCCUGCCCGCCCUGGACUGGCAGCUGCCAUCCCACUCGGGCCCGUAUGAGCUUCGGAUUGAGGUGCAGCCCAAGUCCCACCACCGAGCCCACUACGAGACGGAGGGCAGCCGGGGGGCCGUGAAGGCGUCGGCUGGAGGACACCCCAUCGUGCAGCUCCACGGCUACUUGGAGAGUGAGCCGCUGAUGCUGCAGCUUUUCAUCGGGACAGCGGACGACCGCCUGCUGCGCCCGCACGCCUUCUACCAGGUGCACCGUAUCACGGGGAAGACCGUGUCCACCACCAGCCACGAGGCCAUCCUCUCCAACACCAAAGUCCUGGAGAUCCCGCUCCUGCCGGAGAACAGCAUGCGAGCCGUCAUUGACUGUGCUGGAAUCCUGAAGCUCAGAAACUCCGACAUUGAACUUCGGAAAGGAGAGACGGACAUCGGGAGGAAGAACACACGGGUACGGCUGGUGUUCCGUGUUCACGUCCCGCAGCCCAGCGGCCGCACGCUGUCCCUGCAGGUGGCCUCCAACCCCAUCGAAUGUUCCCAGCGCUCGGCCCAGGAGCUGCCUCUGGUGGAGAAGCAGAGCACGGACAGCUACCCGGUCAUGGGUGGAAAGAAGAUGGUCCUGUCUGGCCACAACUUCCUGCAGGACUCCAAGGUCAUUUUCGUGGAGAAAGCGCCAGAUGGCCACCACGUCUGGGAGAUGGAAGCGAAAACCGAUCGUGACCUGUGCAAGCCGAAUUCUCUGGUGGUUGAGAUCCCGCCGUUUCGGAAUCAGAGGAUAACCAGUCCUGUUCACGUCAGUUUCUACGUCUGCAACGGGAAGAGAAAGCGAAGCCAGUACCAGCGUUUCACCUACCUUCCCGCCAACGUUCCAAUGAUAAAAACAGAACCCACGGAUGAUUAUGAGCCUGCUCCAAACUGUGGGCCGGUGAGCCAGGGGUUAAGUCCUCUCCCAAGACCAUACUACAGCCAGCAGCUCGCAAUGCCACCUGACCCCAGCUCCUGCCUCGUGGCCGGCUUCCCGCCCUGUCCGCAGAGAAGCACCCUGAUGCCAGCAGCCGCCGGUGCGAGCCCCAAGCUCCACGACCUUUCUCCCGCCGCCUACACCAAGGGCGUCGCCAGCCCGGGCCACUGCCACCUCGGACUCCCGCAGCCGGCCGGAGAGGCCCCCGCCGUCCAGGACGUGCCCAGGCCAGUGGCCUCGCACCCCGGCUCGCCCGGGCAGCCGCCCCCGGCCCUGCUGCCGCAGCAGGUGAGUGUGCCUCCAAGCAGUAGCUGCCCCCCUGGUCUCGAACACUCACUCUGCCCCAGCAGCCCCUCUCCUCCACUCCCGCCCGCCGCCCAAGAGCUGACCUGCCUGCAGCCCUGCAGCCCAGCGUGCCCGCCCGCCACGGGCCGCCCGCAGCACCCGCCGCCCACGGUCCGCAGGGAUGAGUCUCCGGCCGCCCGGCCACGGCUGCUGCCAGAGGCGUGUGAGGACGGUAGUCCUAAUUUGGCCCCUAUUCCUGUAACGGUCAAGCAAGAGCCUGAAGAGUUGGACCAGUUGUACCUGGAUGACGUAAAUGAAAUAAUACGAAAUGACCUCUCCAGCACGAGCACCCACUCCUAGUCGCCACAUUGGAGCACUCGGUUCAGCGGGCUGUGCUGACUUCAGCAGACAGAGACUUUUGAAUAAAUAAACUGAACACACAGCUGGUACCACUCGGAACCUCCAGUUGGCUGAAGGCUAGGAGCUGAACAUUAAUACGUGCAACGAAGUGGCUCUCCACCAAGAAGGAAAGCCCGGAAGAAGGGAGACCACUGUGUCUCCUGGAGGAGAAGUCAUCUCACGACAACAGAAGGGAGGUGGCUGGGCUGAGACAGGAGACCCACCGUGCAGGGGCCUUUCAUGGGAACAGCCCACAUGCAGUCUGACCCCAAGCCCAGCCCUUCUGGCAGCCCUGGGGUUCAAUACUGGAAGUGCCUUAUUUAACUCGACAGGGCAUCGUAGAACUGAGCAUUGGAUUUGCUACUGUAGGAGUAUUUGUAGGAGCAGAAACUGUAAACACAUUUCAUUGUGAGGUUUUUCCCUUUGUAUGAACGAAGAGAACACUGGCAGGCUGCGAGAGGACCCUCAUACGAGUCUCCUACAUUUGGAACGUUUUCUGGGCUGUCACGUACAACCUUGCUGCCUCACCCAGUGCGUUCUAGAAUCUUCCAGUCUGUCAUCUCAGCUCUUCUGUAACACGCUUCCUUCGUCUGUGCAGUCGAAACCGUAGGCCUGUUCAUAGUCGCAUGCUAGCAUCUUUGUUUUUAAUCUGGCUUCGAACAUGGCACAAGUAAGUUGAAUAGCACAUCAAUAGGUUACUGGACAAAAGCAGAAAAACCUGCUACAGGAUAGACUGCAUUUGCAUGUGUGUAUAUAUCUAGGCAUCUAUUUAUGGAUAAAUAAUAAACAACAGAGCCGACGCGUCCUCGCCCGGGAGGGCUUCCCCGUCAGCAAUAACCGGCAUCCGUUUUGGAACCUGCGUUUGGGGCUCCAGGCGCUGCUCUUGCUGGCGUCCAUCGCCACCUCGGACGGCCGUGCAUUUUCUCGUUGCAUGCAGUUCGAGGAGGACCCCAGAAAGCCAGGAGCUGUGAUUCACAGUAGCUGUAGGUUACCAGACGGCAGCAUUAGAAAGGGAUUGUAAAUAACAUGCAAUGUGAGUGUAACAUAUUUGUUCAGUUAUAAGAUGAUUGUUUCACAGAAGCCUUACCACUCUCUGCUUCAUCUAAGAAAACCAAUACCAAAAACGACGCUUUAAUGAACGCUCAGCCCCGCGUAGUGUUUUCAGAUGAGUUACGGUUAACAGAUUUGUUCGUGUAGGCUUUGCUGUGGCACUUUGUACAAUUAACUGCUUAUUACGUAUGAUUACUCGCAGUGAUCUAUUGUUCCAUAUAACCCAAAAGCAUGGUUUAUUCAUUAAAACACGGUUGACCUGAACUCGUGCCUUAGGAAUUAAUGCCCCCUCAUGGAACCUGCUUGAACUGCACCUGCGGGUGGAGGCUCCAGCUGUGAACGCCACUGAUGGAGAAAGGGCUCCUGCAGAAGGAACGGCCUGUAACGUGCACUCCGCACGAUCGCGUCUCUUGUGUCUCCCUCACAGAAACAAACAACCUGAAGGCCAUCCCGUCAGUCUGCACACAACCGUGAAGACAUGGCCGCGUCCUGCCUGCAGCUGGGUACCCUGCACCCGGCAUCCUAGGAGUCACAUGCAGCCUUUCUCAGGGGACUGUCAUCGAAAAGGAAAUGUUUGAUGUCUGUGUCAGCUGUAGUUAGGAAAUAGAUCCAAUAAAGCUGUAUUUUUUUUGCUGGA